UCUUACUUUCGGUUCUGGGGGAGUCGGAGGAGACGUGACUUGGAUGAAUCUGUGUGUUUUUUGUUGGAAAUAUUUCAGUUUUUGUGACAAGGAAGCAUCUUUGUUGAGUCCGGGUGACGCCUUAAGCAGAGAGUUGAAGAAUAUUCCGGCUGGUUUUUUGAUAUUAGAUUGAUAAGAUCGGAUUGAGGAUCUGAUCUGUGCUGUCCAUGGGCCGGACUGCAUCUGCGAAGACCACAGAGGAUCCCAAGUUCGGAGGUCACCUAUUUCCCAGGAGGGCGUCAGUCAGCUGGAGGAGCCGCCCUGCAGUGUAUAUAAAGGCCUGUCUGGGUGCAGGGAGGUGAGGCCCUGAAGCAACAUCAUCUCUUCUCAAGAUCUGACCAACAACUUCAGCAAAGAUGCAGAACGGAAUGAUUGUGAAGAACUUGCCCUUCAAGGUCGGACGGACCAUGACGGUUGUUGGAAUCCCUGAACUUGAUUCUUCAAGAGCUGAAAUCAACAUUGGCAUUGAUGAACACCAGCUUGCACUCCACUUUUGUGCUCGUUUCAAUUCUGCUGGAGACCACAACAAAGUGGUCUGCAAUUCCUUCCAGAGCCGAAACUGGGGUGAAGAGGUGAGAGGGGAAAGCUUCCCUUUCCGCCAGGGACAGGAGUUCAAGGUCAUCAUUGAUUUCACUCCGACGAAGUUUGUCAUUACUUUAUCGGAUGGCUCUACAAUCAACUUCCCCAAUCGCAUUGGUGCAGACGAGUACUCAGCCAUGAACUUACAGGGGGAAGUUCAAUUCAUCAGUUUGCAGAUUAAUUAGAUCUCCAUUCUCCCAUGUGCAUGAGGUGUUGCCUCAAAUGCUCAUCAUGUAUUAAUCUGCAAGAUGAGAUUUCAGUGAGAUUAGAACAGAUGCAAGCAGCCACACUUAGAAUGUCAUUCUGACAACUGAUUUGCUUUUCUGUGCUUUUGACAAUUAUUUUCAACCUUUAGCGUCUUUGUUGACAUGAAUCUGUUUUGCUUAAUAAAACUUCAUAAAAUGUGCCAAAGCUUUAUUCUCUGUGCCUUGAAGUGUUUCAC